CCUGGGCGGUCCAAGCCGCUCACCACAAGAAGAAAAGCCACCCAUUCGCCCCCCUCCCCUACCUCCCAUCCUUUGCCCAGGAGCUGCCUUCUUCGCAGUCACGCCCCUUCCUUCCGAGGAGAUUUCUGACUGCCCCAGCUGGUAGACCCCUGAUUUAUUCCUCCAUCUCCUCUCUCUUUCGCUUCAUCUUCUUUUAGUUCUCACCGCUCCCUCCACCCCACCUCCAAUCUGUCUCGCUUCCGACCAUCCGCUGCUCCACCCUCCGGUCCGGUAUCCUGCUUGUCCACUGCCACCAAGGAAAACGCAGAGGAAGCAGCGAAGAGGGGAGCAGCCAGGAGUCCGGGCUUCUCUCCUGCCCAUCCCUGGCUUUUGGCCCAGGAUCGAAGCCACUUGAAGGAGCGGAGAGUCAUCACCUUGUCUUCCUUGCAUUCAGGGAGCUGCUGAGAAGGACAAAUAAGAUAGCAGAAGUGAAAGAGCUUUUGUCUCCUUAGAAGAAAGGCUGAGAAACUAAAGAGUGACCACUGGUUGGACUCUUGGCGGCGCUUAACCUGAACCUGAGUGUUAGGGGAGAGGGAAUCUGCCGUUGCGGUUUCUGGAGCUGCUCAUAAGCAAGAAUUCCCUAUCCUGAUCAAGGCUUUAAGCCUAAAAGAAAGCAGAAAUAGGUCAAGGGCAGCCCAGGUGCCCAAUUUCUCUCUCUCUUCACAAGGCACCACCAGCAAUAGAGAUGAGAAAUUCUGAAGAACAACCAAGUGGAGGAACCACAGUGUUGCAGCGUCUGCUACAAGAGCAGCUUCGCUAUGGCAAUCCUAAUGAGAAUCGCAACCUGCUUGCCAUACACCAGCAAGCCACAGGGACUGUUCCUCCUUUCCCCAGUGGCAGUGGAAACCCAGGUCCUCAGAAUGAUGUGUUGAGUCCCCAAGACCAUCACCAACAGCUUGUGGCCCAUGCUGCUAGACAAGAACCCCAAGGGCAGGAAAUUCAGUCAGAAAAUAUCAUCAUGGAGAAGCAACUUUCCCCUCGAAUGCAGAAUAAUGAAGAACUCCCAACCUAUGAAGAAGCCAAGGUCCAGUCCCAGUACUUUCGGGGCCAACAGCAUGCUAGUGUUGGAGCUGCUUUCUAUGUCACUGGAGUCACCAACCAGAAGAUGAGGACGGAGGGACGACCAUCAGUUCAGCGUCUCAAUCCUGGGAAGAUGCACCAGGAUGAAGGACUCAGAGACCUUAAGCAAGGACAUGUCCGCUCUUUGAGUGAACGACUAAUGCAGAUGUCACUGGCCACUAGUGGAGUUAAGGCCCAUCCGCCUGUUACCAGCGCUCCACUCUCUCCACCACAACCCAAUGACCUCUACAAGAAUCCCACAAGUUCCAGUGAAUUCUACAAGGCCCAAGGGCCUCCCGGCCAGCAUACCCUGAAGGGCAUGGAACACCGAGGCCCCCCACCAGAGUAUCCCUUCAAGGGCAUGCCACCCCAGUCUGUAGUGUGCAAGCCCCAAGAACCAGGGCACUUCUAUAGUGAGCAUCGUCUGAACCAGCCAGGGAGAACAGAGGGGCAACUGAUGAGGUAUCAGCAUCCCCCUGAGUAUGGAGCAGCCAGGCCAACCCAAGACAUCUCAUUGCCUUUGUCAGCCAGGAACUCUCAACUUCACAGCCCUACUUCUUCCCUCACGUCUGGGGGUUCCUUGUCUUUGCUGCAGUCUCCACCAUCCACUAGAUUAUCUCCUGCUCAACAUCCAUUGGUCCCAAACCAAGGAGACCACUUGGCUCACCUACCUAGGCAGCAGCAACAUUUCCUUCCUAAUCAGACUCACCAGAGUGAUCUUUACCGUCUCACCCAGCCGGGCCUGAGUCAGCAGCAGCAGCAGCACCACCACCACCAUCACCAGCAGCAGCAGCCACAGCUUGGAGAAGCAUAUUCAACUAUGCCUAGAGCUCAGCAGUCUUCUGCUUCUUAUCAGCCAAUGCCGGCAGACCCUUUUGCCAUUGUUUCCAGAGCCCAGCAGAUGGUUGAGAUCCUCUCAGAGGAGAACCGGAACUUGCGGCAGGAGUUGGAAGGAUGCUAUGAGAAGGUGGCAAGACUGCAGAAGGUGGAGACAGAAAUCCAACGUGUCUCAGAGGCAUAUGAGAACCUUGUGAAGUCAUCCUCUAAAAGAGAAGCCUUGGAGAAAGCCAUGAGAAACAAGCUUGAAGGGGAGAUUCGAAGGAUGCAUGACUUUAAUAGGGAUCUGAGAGAGCGUCUGGAGACUGCCAACAAACAGCUUGCGGAGAAAGAAUACGAGGGGACAGAGGAUACCAGAAAAACCAUCUCUCAGCUCUUUGCAAAAAAUAAGGAGAGCCUGCGGGAGAAGGAGAAGCUGGAAGCUGAGCUGGCCACUGCCCGAUCUGCCAAUGAGGACCAAAGAAGACACAUAGAAAUCCGAGACCAGGCCCUGAGCAAUGCCCAGGCCAAGGUGGUAAAGCUGGAGGAAGAGCUUAAAAAGAAGCAGGUGUAUGUAGAUAAGGUGGAGAAGAUGCAGCAGGCCCUUGUUCAGCUCCAGGCAGCAUGUGAAAAGCGUGAGCAGCUGGAACACCGUCUCCGGACACGGCUGGAGAGAGAACUGGAAUCCCUCAGAAUUCAGCAGCGCCAGGGCAACUCUCAGCCCACCAACGUUUCGGAAUACAAUGCUGCUGCACUGAUGGAGCUCCUUCGUGAAAAGGAGGAAAGGAUCCUGGCCCUGGAAGCUGAUAUGACUAAGUGGGAACAAAAGUACUUAGAGGAGAAUGUGAUGAGACAUUUUGCUCUGGAUGCUGCUGCAACUGUAGCUGCUCAGAGGGAUACAACAGUCAUCAGCCACUCUCCUAACACUAGCUAUGACACAGCUCUCGAAGCUCGCAUCCAGAAGGAGGAGGAAGAAAUCUUGAUGGCCAACAAGCGUUGCCUUGAUAUGGAGGGCAGGAUUAAGACCCUCCAUGCCCAGAUUAUUGAGAAGGAUGCCAUGAUCAAAGUACUCCAGCAGCGUUCCCGGAAGGAGCCUAGUAAGACAGAGCAGCUGUCAUCCAUGCGGCCAGCAAAGUCUCUGAUGUCCAUUUCCAAUGCUGGAUCGGGUUUGCUCUCCCACUCUUCCACCCUGACUGGCACCCCCAUCAUGGAAGAGAAGAGGGAUGAUAAGAGCUGGAAAGGGAGCCUAGGCAUUCUCCUGGGUGGAGACUACCGUGCAGAAUCUGUCUCUUCUACACCCUCACCAGUGCCGCCCUCGACUCCCCUGCUCUCAGCUCACUCUAAGACGGGAAGCCGAGACUGCAGCACCCAAACAGAACGGGGAACUGAAGCAAACAAAACUGCAGCUGUUACUCCAAUCUCUAUUCCUGCUACAGUUGCUGCCGCCAUCACUGCCAAUGCUGCCACCAACACCACCACCAUGGUAGCUGCUGCUCCAGUGGCUGUUGCUGCUAUUGCUACUCCAUCUCCAGCAACUGCUACUGCUGUUCAUGCUGCUGCUGUUCCUCCAGCUGCUGCUGUUCAGAUUCCAGCUGCUGCCUCUGCUGUUUCUGCAUCUAUUGUUGCUCCUGCUUCUGCUGCUGCUGCUGUUCAGGUUGCUCCAGCCACUCCAGCUCCGGUUCCAGCUCGGGCUCCAACUCCGGUUCCAGCUCCAGCAGCAGCUCAGGCUUCUGCUCCAGCUCUGACUCAGAUACCGACUCCAUCUCCAGUUGCAGCUGCUACUCCAACUCCAGCUCCAACUCCAUCUUUGGCUCAGGCUGAGGCUCCUACAACUCCAGCCACUGUUUCUGGACCACGGCGCUUGUCUAUACCUAAUUUGGCCUGUAAUCCAGACAAGACAGAUGGUCCCGUUUUCCACUCCAGUACUCUGGAAAGAAAAGCUGCUGCUCAGAUCCUGGGACAAGAGCCUGAUGCAGAAAUGGUGGAAUAUCUCAUCUAAAUGUUCUAACCAAGAGCUUCAGUUUCUCAGCAAGAAUACUCUUAAUGAUUUUUUCCCUUUUGUUGUUGUUAUUUUGAGGGUCAGCACAAGGGGUUGGGAGAAUGUUUUUUAUAGGGACUUUUUAAUUGAGACAUUAUAGUACCUUCGCAAUGUCAUAUGAACUCCAGUCUAUUUUGGUGCACUUAGAGAGUACCUCUAAAGACAAACCAAUCAGUGUGCUCUAAAGGUUAUCAUUUGGAUUUAUACAAAUACUGAGACUGUUAAUAGCUGGAUAUUCAUCAAUGUUUUGCAAUGUGCUUAAAAUUUUUUUAGCAUUUCCAUAUUACAGAUAAUUUUUUAUUGAAGAGCAUAGUAUGUUUGGAAGACAGUGUGUAAAAGUAGUUCAGAAAUGGGAUGCCGGAGAGAAUUUGCACAUGUGAUGUUUUGCAGAGUUACCAUCUAGGCAGCAUCCAGAGAGAGAGCUCUUACCAUGGGCUUAUGAAAGGAAAUAGUUAUUGGAGCAGUGUAAACUGGAGGAAAGGUAGGGAGUAUUGGGGUGUGGAAGGGUGCUGGAGCUAAUUUUCCCUUCCAAUUUCCCAGCUACCCUGGGAUUGUUUUUAUCUUCAUUUCAGUGGUGCUUUGGAAGUUGAUUCUUUUGGUUCCCUCUUGGAGGUUCAUACAUUCAUAUAUAUAUAUAUACUCUGGAAUAAUUUAUGCAUUUGGGUAUUUAAUAUAUUGCUUUCAGCCACUAGGAGAGUUAGCUUAAACUUCCUCUCUCUUAGAGAGUUAAACCACCGGAGGCCUUGAUGGAGAGUUGCAUGAGGCGCUUGCUGAAUGUAGACCUUUGUGGUCUCUGUCUUGCCAUGAACAGCUUUCUUGCCUUUCCUGAGACCAUUCUGCUUAGUGUAUACUUCUUCUUCAGCACAAAUUCACUGGCUGUGUCACCAGUCUCAAAUUGUCAAUUAUUUGCAAAAUGAGGAAGCACUUUUGGUAACAGGUUCAAUGCUUUGAAUUUCUGGUGACUACUUUGAAAUAAUUCAUUUUAUUUUUCAAAUUCUUAGACAUAUUUGACUAUCACCUCCAAGGGAAAAGCAUCAGAAACCCAAAGUACUGUGCUGUAGUCAGGGGAGAGGUGGGUUGCAGCAGAGUCCUCAGCUACCUCUUUUCAUGACCAGUGACUCCAUCUUGGAAUACUUUUGGAGAGCAGCAGGAAAUGUACGUGGGCAGGGACCAAGGAGGGCAUGACUCCAAGCUUUGCCUAAAGGCUGCCUCCAGGAACACAGAACGGCUGCUUAUUGCCAUAGGUCACUGCUCUGUGUCAUUUAUCUACCCUUUAUUAAGAUGAUAAAUCUACAAUUAAUGUCAUUAAUAUCAGUUUUCAAGGGUUUGGGGGGAAGUGAAGGGGUUGGGGGUGUUAUAUAAGGGUGGGGGGUAGAGGUUUGGGGAUAUGCUAGUUAGAAAGCAGAUUAAUAGAAGAAUAGGCCUGAUAUAUUACAUUGUGAGGCAUAGUGGCUGGGAGGAAUUUUAACAAUACAAUAGCCCAACCCUGUGAUGAGGAUUCUGAGACCUGAAGACUUUAAGUGACUUUUUCAAGAUCAUACAACACAACUUCCCAUUCUGCCAAAUACCAUACUUAUCUGGGGAAACCCUUAUAUAUAAAAAUCCCCAUUUUAAGAAAAGGUAUCUUCACAGUCCAGGGCAUAUGUAUUUUGUAAACUGGCCCUGGCUUCAGUAGUUUGUACAGGGUUCUGAGUUCCUAUCUUGCCUCUCCUGCAGUGCCUUUUGCAAGGUUUUUCCUUUCCUGAUUCUGAUUUCAGUAUGGAGUCACAUGGGACAUCUACCCUAAAAUAUCAACUUCACUCCUUCUCUUGCUACGAGAUUGGCUGUCUUUGAUAAUCUUACAGAGUUUCUCUGUAAGUAUAGGAAUGACAUACUUAACAGUAUUCUUGUGUCAUUCCCAAUGAUCUCCCAAAGCAGUGGUUGGCAAACUCAUUAGUCAACAGAGCCAAAUAUCAACAGUACAAUGAUUUAAAUUUCUUUUGAGAGCCAAAUUUUUUAAACUUAAACUUCUUCUAAUGCCACUUCUUCAAAAUAGACUCGCCCAGGCAGUGGUAUUUUGUGGAAGAGCCACACUCAAGGUGCCAAAGAGCCACAUGUGGCUCAUGAGUCGCAGUUUGCUGACCAUCUUUUCAAAGGAAUUAUUUUGUGUGGGGGGAAGGAGGAGAUAAGAGGGAAAGUGAUGUGGUUUUUCAAGCAGUCUUGACAUUUUUAAUAAUGAAGUGAUUAUCAUACACAUUAGUCCUCAGUUAUUUAGUGAAUCACAAAUAGAACUUAAAAGUGCAGUUGUAUUAAUGCUCAUUAAUAUUAUCCUUUAGUCAAAGAAAAAACUCAUAGUAAAAGCAACAAGUAGCAAACUUCACUACUGCUACUUUCUGUCUAAAUAAAUAGAAAAAAAUAAACCUUUCAUUUUUAUAAUAUAUUGCCAGCAUUUUUGCUAGCUCUGGGAGCCAUGGUUUUAUUUAUACUCUGUAAGGUGACAAAUGCCAUAAUUCCAUACUGUGUGGCAGUCAUCUCUUUAGGCUCAUGUAUUUUGGGAAAGGAGGAAGUUUUUAGCUAAGUAUUACUUUGAACUUUCCACAACAACUCUCCCCCCUCACACCAGAGGGUUCCCUCUUGGCUCAGUUUUUAAUCCCAGGUAAUUUACUCAAAUACAUUGUACAUUUGAGAGAUGAAAGAAGUCCAUGUCAGUGUAUUAUGUUUACAAAGAAGAUUGAUUCAGCCUUUUCAGAAGAUCCCUAAUAGAUGACUUUUAAAAAUUCAGGUUUAUGGGAGAAAUCUCAAGGUAGCCACCUUUUCACAAUUGUGUCAAUGUAACACUUGGGGGACGUUUCUGGACUCCCACCUAUCUAUGCAUUUUACUGGCACCUCAGAACAGGAGGGUGACCUUGUUGUCUUAACUUGCACUGCAUGGUGAUCUCUGGGGACCUUCUAAGUCAGUUAUACUUCAAUGUCCCUUGUACAGAAAAAUUUCAUUAGAACAAACUUUACUUGAUAUGAAAUUCUUAUUAACAUUUUUAUUAAAUAAAAAUAGUUUAAGCUUUCUUAUAAAAUCAUGUAUCUUAAUUGUUGUUUUAAUGAAGGAUUUGUUUUCAGUGCUGCUUUUGAGCUUCAGGUUGAGAGGAUAGUAGGAACCUGAAAUAUUUGCCAUCACCUGCCAUAGGAAACAUACUAAGAGACCCAUCACAUUCUCUUUUUCUUGUUACACAGUUGGCUGUGCACAACAGUUGGAAAAUUAACAAAAUUACCAUGCAAACUACUUGUUAUGAAGAGCCUAAAAACUAAUAAUGUAGCAACUUAAAGUGUAUACAUAUGCACUAACUCUUAUAAAUUAUAUUCUCAUGCCGGUUAGCCAUGCAAUCUCCUGUUAUCUCAAUUGCUCAUUCACAUAUGGAGUUUGUUACUUAAAAUGUGUGCAUUCUUACUGAACCUGUUUUCAAAGGAAAGCAUUAGCUAUGGGCUAAUUGCCGCCAAUUUCAGCCUGGCAUGAUCCUUGGAAUAUAUCUUCCAAGUGCCAUCCAUCAUCAGUCGGACCAGUGUCGGGAGUUUGUUUGUUUGUUUCUGGUAGCAACGAUGGGUUAUAUGAAGCCUUCAAACCUCCUUCUGUGGCCUCCCUUGUGAUUAAUGGCAUGUGUUUGUAAAAUGAAUAGCUGUGGUUGGCAGAUGGCUAGAGAAGAAUCACCUUUGGUUUGAAAUGUAUUUGGCCUCAUAAUGAUUAAGACCCCAUUCUGUAAUCAACGGAGCUAGUUCCAGUAAAAUUAAGCAGGUGUGAAUCCACUCUGUGCCUAUCUUUUCACUGACAAUAAAGUUAGCUAUUUUAAAAUGCA